AUGACGAACGUCAACGUCGUCGGCACCUCAAGCGGAGACACCCAGUGGACGGCGAUGGAACCGCCAUCAGAUCCAAAGUACAUGCGCGAUGGAGUCACGUCCUUCUGCCAAUCCUUCGCCAACGAUACAUCGGUCACCAUCGUUGCACCUGAGGAUACCUUGAUCUUUGAGCAACAACGAUCUCCCAUCCAAGGCAUGAACACGACCGUCACUUGGACGUACGACUCCCCUUCUAUCAACACUUCCGACAUGCGUUACUCCACAUGCGUCCGAGACACGUGCGCACCAUUCCUCGAUGCUAAGAACUCGUCGUCUACGAUCCAGGAGGUGUCGUUACCUGGACAAGGCAUAUUCCCCCUCCACCUGCGCCUGCUUUGGACGACUCCGUCGACGGUGGUUCAAUGCGAGGGCAUCGUGUCCGUCGAUUUUAGCGUUCCUACCACCUCAGAUGUCGGCAACAACCACGUCAUCACCAUCGUCGUGGUCAUCACCGUCGUCAUGGGUUUCGUUGUUCUCGCUACUCAUAUCUACAGGCGUCGGCGUUCCUUUCGUUCGAAACCGACCGACACGACCAUCUCCGUGGACCUUCCUCCGUCCAUGUCCCUCGCUCCCCCGGCACCUUCAUCGACGUGGUUUGAGUCGAUAUACCACAACGACCGCGCCCUUCCCGCGUCCAUCCUCCACGACGACCGCUUCACCCGCGCCAUUCUCCGCAGCAGCGUGCCUUCCGACCACGACCAAAGUUUCCAUUCCGACCUGUUAGACUCGUCCGUCGCAUCGUCGUCGUCCAUGAACACCCCCUGGCACGACUGCGGACACAUAAACUCGUCCAACAGCUCCACUGUGUACCCCAUGUCCGACUAAGAUAUUCGUUCAUAUGGUACAUACGUGUUAUAUUCUCCAGGCCUUGCACCUACCCCACCUUGCUCUGCACCUACAUUCACGCCAUCACCACGGACACCACAUCGACGACAUUGGGUACCUUUAACAGUUGGUCGGGGGGUAGUUCGAGUCGAUGCGGCGGGGACGUGGUCAGUAGGUGCAGCUCCACGCUGCACACAAUCUCCUUAACUGGCCGCCUCUCGUCUUGUCCAAACGUAAACACCUUGCCUUGCUGCUGCUGCACCUCCUCGUCCUCUUCUGCACCCCCAUGUAUACAUACAUCAACAUCCGUCAGAUAUAUG